UAAAACCACCUAGUGACAUCACUGUGCAACAGGUAAAGUCGCUUUUACAUUCCUGAGCCUGAGAAACGAACACGGUGUUUGAGUUUCUUGGGAAAGUACGGAAGAAGUGGUUUGACAGGUGCACCGAAUGCUAUUUUUGUUACGUGCAAAUGUUGAAUUAAAAAAAAGAAAAAAUAAGAAUCGUCCUUUGAGCGCGCGGUGUGGUUUGGUCGUUGGACGCCUAAAGAGGAGAGCUCUCUGUUUGUAUUGAAAACCUAUUCAGCUGUCAUGUCGCGGCACAGGAGACAGGCCAGCAUCGAACUCCUGGAGCUGAUGGGAGUGGUGAAGGAAAAUGGGAACCAUUUUGAUAGUCCUGAGACAUCACCACUACUUCCCUCAGUGCAUACUCCACUGUCAUACGACUAUGUCCUGGUCGCUAAGACAGUGGAUGAUCCGGAGAAAGAUACCUUCAAGAUGCAAGAGGCCUUUAUCGAGAAACUAAAGAUGAAGAACUUGAAGAUAACAAAAAUCAUAGACGACACUGUUGUCUUCUACGGUAUCCAAGCUCCAAAUGAAGUGUUUGAGAAGUACAGGUAUCUACUGAAGGUGUCUGAUGCCUGCAACUGGAGUGAACAGCAGGGAAGUGUCCCUCUUUCCACCAGGAUCCGCAUUGUUCACUUUAUCCUGAGUCAUGUCUUCCUGAAUACAGGAGAGAACCUGUUUGAACUCUUGAAAAAGAAAGUGUUUGAAGCAAAGUUCUGCCUGCAUGAGAGAAAAACUCAGAAGGAACUGAGGAAAAGUUGGGCCAGAUGGACUGCCUGUUUCCGGGGACAACCAAUCAAUGAUGUCAGGAACUACUUUGGAGAGAAGGUGGCUCUGUAUUACCUCUGGCUGGGCUGGUACACCCUUCUGUUGCUCCCUGCAGCUCUGUUAGGGGUCAUUGUCUUCCUCUACGCGCUGGCUUUCUACAAGACCUCGCCACUUAUAAAGGAGGUGUGUGAGUCGAACACAAUCAUGUGUCCUCUGUGUGACAAGAGAUGCAAAGUGUGGCUACUCAGCGAUACCUGCCUUUACGCCAAGGUCAGCAUCCUAUUUGACAACGAGGGGACGGUUAUGUUUGCUAUGUUCAUGGCAGUAUGGACCACCUUGUUCCUGGAGUUCUGGAAACGACACAGAGCCUCCUAUACAUGUGAAUGGAAGGUGUUCGACUGGUGUGAGGAGGAGGAGGAGCUGAUCCUGGACAUAGUGAACGAUGCAGAAUGUGCGCCUAAGGAACACAAGCACUCCUACCUACGCAGCACCCUGGUCCUCAUCCUGGUCACUCUUAUACUGCUGCUGAUCAUCGGCCUGGCCCAUGCCCUGGUGGUGUUCCGGGUGGUUGCCACUGUGAUGUUGGCUGAAGGAUCAUGGGAGUUCCUGAGUGACCACUCCAACACGGCCGCUGUGAUACUAGGAGCAGUGCUACACUACUUCACCAUCACCAUCAUGACACGGGUCAACAGGAUUGUGUCGCUGAAACUCUGCGACAUCGAGGAGAAUCAGUCGUUUGCUGCCUCUGAGAGAAGCUUCACCGUCAAGAUGUUUACCUUCCAGUUCUUCACCCUCUUCUCCUCUCUCUUCUACGUUGCCUUCUUCCUGGGCAGGAUAAAUGGACACCCAGGUGGCUACGUGCGGAUAGCAGGGAAGUGGAGGUUGGAGGAGUGCCACCCCAGUGGCUGCCUCACAGACCUUUUCAUCCAGAUGGCCAUCAUUAUGGUUCUGAAACAAACCAUCAGCAACGUCUUUGAGUUCGGAGGCCCCUGGUUCAACAGGUGGCUAAAGAGGCGGAGGACUAAGAAGCUACAGAGGAAGUGUCCCCACUGCUACAAGAAGGCAGACCAACAGACCAAUCGGUGGGAAGAGCUGUGUGAGAUCUGCAAGCUCAGUGAUUGGCUAAGAAACUACCGUCUCAACGACGUGAACUCUUUCAGCCUCUUCAAUGAGUUCCUGGAGAUGGUCCUCCAGUUCAGUUUCACCACCAUCUUUGUGGCUGCGUUCCCCUUGGCUCCCCUGCUGGCCUUAAUCAACAACAUCAUAGAGAUACGGCUCGACGCCAUCAAGAUGGUCAGUUUGGAGCGCAGGAUGGUACCCAAGAAGACCAACGACAUCGGCGUAUGGACAGAUGUGUUGGAGGCUAUCGGGGUGUUGGCAGUCAUCGCCAACGGCCUGGUUAUUGGGAUAUCUUCAGACUUCAUCCCUCGCCUUGUAUACCGCUACAGUUAUGGACCGUGUGCCAAUGGAACGGUCACGGACACGGAUUGCAUGGCCGGCUACAUCAACAACAGCCUGUCCACAGUGUACAUGAACGACCAGAGAAUCUAUAAUGAGUUCUCACCGGACCAGAUGGUGACGCCUAGCGGACAGAAUGUCUCCUACUGCAGUUAUAAAGAUUAUAGAAGUAAUGAAGACUACAGCUUGACUCCUCAGUUCUGGCUCAUUUUAGCUGUGCGCUUUGCUUUUGUCAUCCUCUUUGAGCACGUGGUGGUCAUAUGUAAAUUCAUCACAGCCUGGUUUGUUCCCAGCGUUCCCUUGGAUGUCAAGAAUCAAAGGCUCUUUGAUAAACUCAACAGGUUGAAGGAAGAGCUCAGCUCAUCGGAGGUAUGACAACAUCGCCACAGUGUUUGGAGAAUUCUAAUGUUGACAUAGUGAUGUCUGAAAAAACACAUUGGACACGGUAUCCGCUCAGAUGUGACUGAUUAUCGGCACUGUUGGAGGACAUGUUCGUGUGUGGAGAGGGAGAGGGAGGGGGAGAGGGAGAGAGAGAGAGAGAGAGGGAGGGAGAGGGAGCGCUUAUCGCCUGGGUUUUAUUGGUUUUCUAUUUGUUGUUUUUUUGUUUUUUUGUGUCAGAUGACGUCAGAGUGCUGGCCAUGUGACCUCUGACCCUAGAUAUAGUUAUUGUUUCUUAUAAGAGAGAAAAAUAUAAAAUAUUGUCUAAAUGGUAACAGACAACACUUCUAGAUGUUAUAUAUAUUUAUUUUAUAUUUCAUGAAGUUGCACUAUUUUUUUGUUUGCCGUUGUUAAAUCAUCUUGUUUACUGUUCAGUACAGGCAGUACAGGCAGGUCAGGCAGUACAGGCAGUACAGGCAGUACAGGCAGUACAGGCAGGUCAGGCAGUACAGGCAGUACAGGUAGUACAGGUAGUACAGGCAGUACAGGCAGUACAGGCAUGCUGUGGCAUGGUAUGCAACGUAGUGAUAUGUUAUGUUAUAGUGAGAUACUUAUGUUUAUCAACUGUGGACAGGAAAUGUAAUAUAUUUUUUUAAAGCACUGAGAUGUGCUUCAUGUUAUGAGACAUAACACAUUCACUUUAACUUAACGAAAGAGACACCGUUGAUAUUAAUAUACGACCGAAUGACCUACAGGGUAGCCUAGUGGUUAGAGCGUUGGGCCACUAACUGAAAGGUUACUAGAUCAAAUCUCUGAGAUGACAAGGUAAAAAAAAAAACUGUAAUUCUGCCCCUGAACAAGGAACCCUCUGUUCCCCGAUAGGCUGUCAUUGUAAAUAUGAAUUUGUUCUUAACUGACUUGCCUAGUUAAAUAAAGGUAAAAUAAACAUGUUAAAUUAAACAUCGCUUUGUACCUGGAUGGAUGGGGGGCCAAGUCAUGUUAAGGACUGUAAACUCAGUCACAUUACUUAUUUUUUUUAAUACAGUAUAUUCAUCACUUCUGGUCAAUGUAACUUGACAAUUGUUCUAAUUUAAAAACGAUGUUCAGACUCGGCGUUCAUUACGAGGACUGUUGUAAAAGGUAAGCAG